GUCAGGCAUCAACCAAAUCCGCCCCAAUCCCCAAUAUGCGCGUCCCAAUUAUUACCACUCUCCUCACUCUCGCCCUCACCGGCCUCUCGCAAGCCGCCUCUCUCGGCGUCGAAACCACCCACGGUGUCGAGUGCAACCGCAAGACAACAAAGGGCGACACAGUUAAGAUGCAUUACCGUGGCACCCUCGCUGAAGACGGAUCUCAGUUCGAUGCGAGCUAUGAUCGGGGCACACCAUUCAAAUUCAAGCUAGGGGCUGGACGUGUCAUUAAGGGAUGGGACGAAGGACUGCUCGAUAUGUGCGUUGGCGAGAAGAGAACCCUGACGAUUCCGCCGGAGUAUGGGUACGGCGAUCGCGGCAUUGGACCCAUUCCUGGUGGUGCGACGUUGAUCUUCCAAACGGAACUGCUGGAGAUUGAGGGCGUGCCCAAGGAUGAGCUUUGAGCCACUGCGAUUGCGCCAUAC